UCCGCCUAGACAAAAUGGAGAAACAAUACGCGACUAUUUUUUAUAAAAAAUUGGGCGUCCACAUUGUAGUGCCCAGUGAAUGGCCGAGUCGUGCAGAAAGCCUACUGUUGACCUUAGCAGAGAGGAUAAUCGAACAAUUCGACUAUGUCAGUCCUAUUCUACAAAUCAAUAAUAUACCAACACGAUUGAGCCGUUGCAUUAAUAUGCUUGGAGUUUAUUACAUUUUUGAAAAAGUGCCCGAAAAAGAAAUGAUGGGUGCUUAUAUCAUCAAUGUAGAUGUUCCCAAAGAUGGAGAAAGUAUUAAGAUAGAAAUUACAAGCGGAAGGAAUUUGGACAACACGUGGUCAAAUAACGCGACGUCUGUCCUACCAGAUGUCAGUAGAAUAUUACAUCAGCCGAUAUUUCCAAAAUUGUGUGGGAACGUGCUAUCGAGUAUAAACAACAACAAAAGCACAGUUCGUCGACGACUACUUCGGAGUAUUAAGCGAAUUCAUCAACGGAAGCACAGCUGCGGUUUUCCAGCAAAACAUUGAAUAAACGCGUCUCGUUAACUGCUUUGGGGAAUUAAGUGAGUUUUCUGAACCUCAUUAUCUAUUUCAAACAUUAUUAAACUCUAUUCUAUGGGGACAUUUCUUCAAAUUAUCUUGUUUGACAUUGUUACAGAUUGCAGUUAAACAAUGAAAUGAUGUCAUGCUGCCUUUUGCGGUCGCCGUGAUAUCAUCUCAUGCCACUAGACAUUAUCAAUUAAGCUCAGCAGACUCUACGGAGAAGUUUAUUAGGUCAUA